CGUUGCAACCAGACAAUGGCACCGAUAACAACCAGGGAAACCGGGAGGAAAGGCCAGCAGAAUAACUCACAAUGACAUCUGGUUUUCCUCUCCCGCUCUCCUCCACCCUUUCCAUUCCCACUUACACCCCCAAGACCAGCACUCACCUUUCCCCAACAACCUCACAACCAAUUGUACAGCCUAUAAAAACUCCCACCAUUCGCUCCCGCCUCAGCAAACUCUGCAAAGAAGGACAACCCCAUCUUGCUCGUCAACUGCUAGACACAAUUCCCAAGCCAACCACCGUUCUCUGGAACACGAUCAUUAUUGGCUUUAUCUGUAACAACAUGCCGUAUGAAGCUCUUUUUCUCUACACUCAGAUGAAGAAUUCAUCUCUAGCCACCAAAUGCGAUUCUUACACUUACUCUUCCACUCUCAAAGCCUGUGCCGAAACACGCAGUUUAAAGUUUGGUAAAGCCGUUCAUUGCCAUUUUAUUAGGUGCCAAUCGAAUCCCAGUAGGAUAGUGUUUAAUUCACUUCUGAACAUGUACUCCACGUGUUUGAGCACAGCCGACGAAGAAAUCUCUUAUUGCAUUGGGUCUGGGUAUGAUUUAGUACGUAAAGUGUUUGAUACAAUGCGUAAAAGAAAUGUGAUUGCAUGGAAUACUAUGAUGUCGUGGUAUGUAAAGACACAGCGAUAUAUAGAAGCAGUUAAGCUGUUUAGGACGAUGACAAAAAUGGGAAUACAACCGAGUGCAGUGAGUUUUGUAAAUGUGUUUCCUGCUCUUUCAAAGUUAGGAGACUUUGAGAAUGCAAAUACUCUUUAUGGAAUGCUCCUUAAGUUGGGAAGUGAAUAUGUCAGUGACUUGUUCGUUGUGAGUUCAGUUAUAUUCAUGUAUUCUGAGCUUGGCUUCCUUGAUAUGGCCAAAGUGAUAUUUGAUUGUUGUAUGGAGAGGAAUACAGAAGUUUGGAACACUAUGAUUGGUGGGUAUGUUCAGAAUAACCGUCCUAUCGAAGGACUCAAUCUCUUUAUUCAGGCCAUUGAAUCAGAACACGCUGUUCUCGACGAUGUAACUUUUCUUUCAGCUUUGACUGCAGUUUCACAGCUGCAGCUCUUGAGAUUGGCUCAACAGUUACAUGCUUUUAUACUUAAAAAUCUAUCAGUGUUACCUGUCAUCAUACUGAAUGCAAUUAUUGUCAUGUAUUCAAGGUGCAACUCUGUUGAGACUUCGUUCAAAAUUUUUCAUAAUAUGGUAGAAAGGGAUGUUGUUUCAUGGAACACUAUGGUUUCUGCUUUUGUGCAGAAUGGAUUUGAUGAGGAAGGUUUGAUGCUUGUCUAUGAGAUGCAGAAGCAAGGGCUUGCGAUUGAUUCCAUAACAGUAACAGCUCUUCUUUCGGCAGCAUCAAAUCUUAGAAACAAGGAUAUUGGUAAGCAGGUCCAUGCUUAUCUUACUAGGCAUGGAAUACAAUUUGAGGGAAUGGAGAGUUAUCUGGUAGAUAUGUAUGCAAAAUCUGGUUCAGUUAGGACUGCACAACUACUGUUUGAGAAAAACUUUACACAUGAUAAAGACCAGGUUACAUGGAAUGCUAUGAUUGCUGGGUACACACAAAAUGGUCUGAUUGAAGAAGCUUUUGUUGUCUUUAGGCAGAUGCUUGAGCAGGAUAUAAUACCCAAUGCUGUAACAAUGGCAUCAGUUCUCCCAGCUUGUAAUCCUAUGGGAAGGAUAGAUUUGGGGAAGCAGCUUCAUGGAUUCUGCAUUCGUCACCAUCUAGACCAAAAUGUCUUUGUGGGAACUGCUUUACUUGAUAUGUACUCCAAAUCUGGUUCAGUCGGCUAUGCUGAAAAUGUGUUUGUUAGGAUACCUGAGAAGAACUCUGUGACAUGCACCACAAUGAUAUUGGGCUACGGUCAGAAUGGGAUGGCCAACAGAGCUCUCUCUUUGUUUCAUUCAAUGCAGGGAUCUGGAAUUGAACCUGAUGCUAUUACCAUUGUAGCAGUCAUGUCUGCUUGCAGUUAUGCUGGUUUGGUUGCCGAAGGACUUAAAAUAUACGAGUCUAUGGAAAAAGAAUAUAAUAUUCAGCCCUCAACUGAGCACUAUUGUUGUGUUGCAGACAUGUUAGGGAGAGUUGGAAGGGUUGUUGAAGCCUAUGAGUUUGUCAAGGGAUUGGGUGAAGAGGGCAAUGUGAUGGAAAUUUGGGGAUCACUUCUUGGGGCUUGCAGAAUUUAUAAUCACUUUGAACUGGGAAGACUUGUUGCUGACAAGCUGCUUGAAAUGGAGAGGGAAAAUGGCAUGACAGGCUACCAUGUUUUGCUUUCAAAUAUGUAUGCAGAGGAAGGAAACUGGGGAGAUGUCGAUAAAUUGAGGAAACAAAUGAGGGAAAGAGGUUUGACGAAGGAGACAGGAUGUAGUUGGAUUCAGACUGCUGGUUUUGUGAACAGCUUUGUGUCUAGGGAUAGAAAGCACCCUCAAUGUGAUGCAGUAUAUGGUAUUUUAAAGAUUUUGGCUAUGGAGAUGAAAGAUGCUGGGUAUAGGCCUUAUCUUGCUUCCAAUACAGAUGAGAUCUCGGAAUUCAUUGCCAUCACUGGGAUAUAAAUGGAGACUGCUAUGUGGUUUACUUAACUGGAGGCAGCUAGCUAGGUAAUUGAAUUGGUUAGUGGCUGUUGCGUCAUUUGGUUUGUGCUGAUGAUGAUUUGAACUUCCUGGUACAUUUAGCCUGUCCAACUGUGAUGGAGUUGGAACUCUGCUGGUUUGCUGAGCCAUGUUUGCAUAUGAUCUGAAGCAGAUUGUCCUAGGGUACUGCUCAUGCCUUGUUGAUAGAGGUUGUGCUUGUUGAUAGCAGUGAGGACUAAAUUCUGUUGGCUGGAUAAACUACUUCAAUUUCAACUAAAAGGAAUUUACCAAGGUAAUGCUGCUGUGACCUUGAGAUGUCCUUUUGAUGUCAUUUUGGGACAAUCCUAGGCUUUUUUCUUUGCGAGUCUCAGACUACAAGUGUAACACCUCCGAUUGAGUAUGGAAGGUGGUAAAUGAGAUCCCACAUUACUUGAGAGAAAGAAGUUAUAGUUCUUUACAAUGAUUCUAAGGGACACCAAUUGUAGCAUUGACUAAUCAUUUUGAAGUACAAGUCCAUGUAUAAUUUGGACUUUCCUUGGAUUGUUAAAACAAGAGGUGUUCCGAAGGAUAAUAGUAAAGAUUUGUUCUUUGAAAAAAUGCGGUAUGUUGAGUUCAAAUUGGGUCCAGACAAUUGCUUUACAAUUUGCAAUGCCAGGAUGUUGAAUUGGUACAUAUAAAUUAGAGUAUCUGUGACAACUCAUUUUGUUGGAAUGAAUUAUUGGUUUUGAUUGUGGGUUUCA